UUUCUACAGACAUUCUUGUUUAUGUAUAUAUACAGUAUAUGUAUAUACUGUAUUGGUAACAGGACAAAUCUGAUAGGGCACGUGCCCUUGUACCCCCUAUGGGCAUGACGCCUCUGUAAUUCAGAACCACUGUACUAAAAAAGCAAAAUGACAUUGAUCAUUGAAAUCUAACUGGCAACUCCAUGCAGCACAAUUGAGCCACCUUUUCAAGUAAACAUACCUCCCUCUGUCUUCCUCCUGACUGUCACACACUCCAUUCACACUGUUUCCAGGAGAUUGGAUUGAAGUGUCACAGAGCAUCCACAGGACUAGCUAGAUAACGUUUGAUCUACCUGAAACAACAGGUGCAUGUUGACACAACUAUAAUGAUGUGGGAAUCCGUGUGAUCAGCGCAACCGCCUCCACUUUUCGAGACGGACUCUUCGGACAGGGCGCAGGAAAAGGAAGCGCCAACCUGGUGGACGCAGAAGCGCUGUCCAGGGUGCUGUAGUGCCAAUGGCUCGCCUGUUCCAUUGCGUUCACUUUGUCCUACUGUUACUGCUGCAAAUAAGGUCCCCAUCCGCGCUGGAGAUGAUAUACGGUGCACAUCGACUUACCUGUGGCCAGGGCCUGACUGACUGCAGUGUAAAAGAUGUUGCCCUUCCUGUCAUGAAAGGUCCUGUGAAUGUUAGGUGGUUGGAGCUUAGAGUGAUUCUGUGUUGCACCAGCAGACAUGACUGCAAACCCUGCCUGCGAGUCCAGGUCUUCUUCACAAUCAAAGAUCAGCAUGAGGACCAGGAAGUGUCUGCUGACCACGGUAACAAAGAUUACAACCCUAAGCUGAAGGAAGAGGGAGAAAGGAGUGCCCUAGGGAUGCCACCCAGCCAAACAGAAGCUUCUGUAACAUUGUGUUACAGCUACCCACACGUCAUUGAUCGCUGCAAGAAAGUGACAUUUACAUUGAGCCAUUCAGCGCUGGGGGACCAGCACUCUCCUGAGAUGUGGCUAUCUUUAUUGCUGGUGCCAGUACCAUAUGGAAGUCCAGUCAAGGUCUAUGCAUUAUCUACCUCAGGAACCACCAUUAUCCCCUCUUUACAAAAUGUUUGUUCCCCAAACCUAGAUGGUAUUGUGAAAGAAUGUGAUGUGCCCAGGCUCCAAGCUGUGAUUGAUGAGAAGAGAGAUGUGGCUGUGCUCAAAUUAAAGAGUUCUAACGAAACACCGACCAGUGGGAUGAGCAUGUGUCAGAUGUCCGGGACUGAAGAGCUUGGAUUCUGCAGAAUCCAGGAGUGGCAAGAGGGCCAGAGAGAGAUGAUAAUCCCGCUGAGGUCUAUAGCGCCCUGUCUGUGCUUUAAGGUUUGGUGGAAGGGAAAGAAUCUACGCAGAGAGAUCUGCCCCUUCAUGAACAACAAAGAGCUUUUCAGAAGUAUGUGGCACAACAACGUAUCUGUGUCAGUGGAGGCUCAGACUAGUGCAGAGAACGGCACAGCACUGAGCUGGAACAUCACUGCCCCCUGCCAGCUAGAGGGGGAACUGUGGCUGUGCAGGAGGGACUCAGUGGGGGGGCAGUGUGAGGAAGUGAUGGGAACCAGGCAGAGGAUGCACAAUCACACACAUGCCGGGUGGACGGCCGCUCUCCACGGACACUGGAAAAGAGGAGAGUUCAUCAAUGUGAACCCCCAUCCUGCUCUGUGUGUUCAGAUGAAAGUGCAGGGGAUGGAUACAAAGCUGGAUCCCUUAAUAUGUCCAUUUGCAACGCCACGGAACCGAUGGAGUCUGACUCUCCUGAUUGGACUAAUCUGUCUGGCGGUACUUGGGGCCUGCGUCAUCCAUGGUGCUCUCAAAGGAUACGUGUGGAGAUGGUUGAAAGACGAUGACAUAGGAGGUGCAGUAGGAGGCAGCCAUAUCGUGUUGCUGUACCCUCCUGACAGUGAUCAGGCUCUGCCGGGGCUGGUGUGCCGUUUGGGCACGUCCCUGUCCUCUCUGGGCUUCAGUGUGUCUGUUGACCUGUGGAGCCGGGCUGAGCUCAGUGUCCUGGGACCUGUUCCAUGGCUCCACUCCCGGCUGGACUGCCUGCAGAGACAGGGGGGCAAAGUGGUGCUGGUGCUGACCCAGGCAGCCUGGGAGAGGGCAGAGGAGUGGGGCAGCAGGGGAUGGGAGAGGGACACUCUCCGGGGGAGUGGGUGUGACGAGGAUGGGGAGGCAGUGGAGGGGUGUCGUUCUCCAUAUUUGGAUGUCUUCAGCGCUUCACUCACCUGCAUUCUGGCGGACAAUCUGCAGGGCCGCGCCGGCGAACGCUUCACCCUGGUGCAGUUUGAGUCUCUGCCCACCCAGCCUCCUGGUGGUGGCCGCCCCCUGCCUGAGCUCUUCAGGGGGAUGCAGCUCUUCAGCCUCCCCUCCCAGAGCCUGGGCUUCCUGACUGAACUGGCUUUGGGGCGAGGUAGGGGGGCAGCCUCAUGGGCACUGGCAGGGGGGCUCAGGGCAGCCUCACGGGCUCUGGCUGGUGGGCUGAGAGGGUCUGCGGGGGGUUCAGCAGUGUUACAGCUUGCAGGGCUGCCACAGGACUGUGUUGGUGCAGGGGUGGAGGACCCCUGGGAGUCUGUGCCUCUGGAGCCGUGUCUCACCACCCCACCAUCCAGUCCUGACACCUGCACCAAGACCAGCGGGAUGGACUGGGUCUGAGAGGACAUGAGAGGCUAGGAAGGAACCAGGGGCUUUUUCUAAAGGACGGUAACUGUGGCACUUAUACAGUAUACUAUAAUCAGAUACUGGACAUAAGGACUUCAGGAGAUGGUGACUUGUUGACACUGUAUCUCAUCAUGCAGGUGUAGAGCUACUGUCCAAAGUAGAGCAUGACUUGUAAAUAUUGGAAGUUAUUCACUUUUGCGCUCUUGAAACACUACUGUCAACUCCAUCUUGGUGCUCAUCCCUGAACUGUAAAUGUGUGACAUUGUUGUACUCAACCAUUAUCUUCAUUUCAAAAUGUUAUAUGGUUAAUUUGUAAAGUUUUUUAUUUUACUAAGUGGUUUGUUAAGUUGUUAAACGCCAGGGUUAGGAAGUAGUGAACUACAUGUAGUUCAACUACUAAUUAAACGACAUUUUGCAGUAGC